AUGGUCGGCUUCCUCAAGGCCGACGCCAUCCCCUACCGCCCCCUCCUCUCGUCCCCCCGCUCCCUCUCCUCCAAGUUCUUCGCCUUCCUCGCCCUCGUCUCCCUCCUUUACAUCGCCCACGUCGCCCUCCCCUCCUUCUCCCUCUCCCUCGCCCGCCGCCCCCGCAACACCUGCCCCCCGCGCGCAUGGGCCGCAGGCCAACCCGAAGACGCGUACGAGUUCCUCGGCCUCCAGGGCUGCGCCAGCUCGCGCGAGGUCUACUGGCACAUGGGCGCCGACGCCGAGCGUCUCUACGACCGCUUCCCGGGCGUCGCUUCCUGGAAGUGGCGGCCGUCGUCCGAGUGCGACAUCGAAGAGCUCGAGACCGCCCGGCUCCUCAAGGACCUCGUCGAGCACGGCGGCUGGUUCUUGGUCGGAGAUUCCGUCACGGAGAAUCACUUUUUCUCCCUCUCGUGCAUCCUAUACCCCCAUGUGCGCGCCACCCCAGAUUGGACCCGUGGCGGAUUCGACCGCGCCUGGCCCCAGAACCUGUACCUCAAUCCGGCUUCGCCUCUGCUCCAGUACAUCAACUUCCCGCCCGGCUUCGACAUCGAGACCACCCCGCUCGUGACCUUCCGCCGGAUUGACUUGCUCUACGAGACCGCGCAGCUCGACCAGAUUUACCACCGGCUCCACCCACACUCAAAAUACGCGCCGAACGGAGAGAGCAUCUUCAGCGACGAGCCGAACUGGAACGUCGCCCCGGAGGAGUACCUCAAGCUCUUCACCCAGCCGCUCCCGCACGGCAACUACGCGACGAUGGUCGUCAGCACCGGUGGGCACUGGACGACGACGAUGCUCGCCGGCCUCAAAGACGAGAGCCUGUUCCACGACGGCAUCGAGAACGUGGUGAGCUUCUUCAAGGAGGCGAUGGACGUGUGGGCGGACGAGGUGCAGAUCCGUCUGCUCGACGCGGCUGCCACGGAGCGCCAGCACGGGGACCGGCGCCGUCGCGCGCCGCGCCAGGUGGUCGUCCGCGCGUACCUCCCCGGUCACGAAGACUGCCACAACCACCGUGCGCCGAUUAAGGAGUACGAGCACGGGCCGAACGGGUGGUACAACUGGAACCAGAUCAGCGACUUCAACGCCGCGUUCGAGUCGGUGCUCUCGUCGGGCGGGUACCCGGACCUGCACUUCCUGCCCAUCGACCGCCACGCGCUCCUCCGGCCCGACGCGCACGCGGCGAGCGACUGCCUGCACUUCAUGACCGGCGCCGGCGUCCUCGAGGGCUGGACGCACUACAUCUGGCACUACGUCACCCGCGAGCUUCCCGGCCGCAUCCGGUAA